AUGUCUGCUGUCUAUCACUAUCUUUAUUUCCUCAUAGUCACCAAGUUGCUCAUCACAAUCCCAGACAUCACGGCACUGGCGUUCCUUCUAGGCGCCAUGAGUGCACUCGCUUCUCCUCUGUCCGGAACUGGUGCCACCGACAACGCUCUAACCCAAGCUCAUCACGACAACCCUAAUGCCUUUUCUAUUCGCUCUGCCGAAACUGAGACCGCUGAACCUGUCGCAUCCCCCGACAUCAUCGACCUGAAGCCCGCCGCCGGCGAGCUCUCCUCCAACACCAAUAACGGCGCCUCGGCCGCUCUCGAUGUCGAAGACAAAGAUUCCAACUGUUCAAUCUACUGCAACCUGUUUGCUCAUAUCAUCCGCUGCCUGCAGUCUCCCACCUUUUGCAGAUGUGAUAGCAGGGGUUAUGUUCACUGCGAGGGACCGUCCAAGGUAUGCAUGGACAAUUGCAUUUGCCAGUGUGAGUCCAAGCGUGCUGCUAGGGAGGUCAAUAAUCUCGACGCCCUUGCUGCGUAA